AUGCCUGGAAAUAACCCCGGCCACCCUCUGCGGGCGCUGGCACCUUUGGCUGGAAUGGGGACAGUCGGUCCGCUGUUCCCAAGCACGGAGCUGCUCCAGCUCCUGCACUUUCUGCCGGAUGCUGGGAGAGGAGCAGGCUCGGAGGCCAGGAGCAGCCGGGACCAUCUGCCAACCUCCGAGGGGCUGAAGGACAUCCCAAAAACGCUCUGCGUGUCCCUGCUCUCGGCCGCUCUCCUCCUGCUCUCCUGCGGCAUCCCGGAGACGGAGCAGAACAGCUACUGCCAGCAGAUCAUCACUCCCAACCACCUGGCCCAGCUGCAGGAACUGGCUGACACCCAGAUGCUGCACCCAGGCAGGGUCUCCUUCAGCUUCAUCCAUAAAGAGCAACUGAAUGACUCCAUCUGCUAUGUGAAAGCCGCCUUUCCCGUGCUGGGGGACCUACUGGGCCGGACGGUGUUCAAAGAGAACUCGUCCAAUGCCCAGAGGCUGAAAAUGGUGCAGCGCAUGUACGACCGCAUCGACGAGAAUGUGGACCCCUGCAUCCGCGAGGAGGACGACGAGGAGAGAGAGCUCUCGCAGAAGUGCCUGGCCGAGUUCAGCACGUCGCCCUACGAGAUGCUGGUGCUGGUGAAGCGCUUCUUCGAGGACCUGGCCGUGCUGCUGCAGCGCCGCGAGCCCUUCGCCAAGGACUGCAGCCACGUGUACCGCACGCAGUGCCCGUCACCCCGGCGUCCCACCGCCUCGGCACCGGGUUUGGGGACAGAUCCCGAUGGCCAUGUCCUGUCCCCUGCCCUCCCUCCUGCCACCCAGCCCUCCCUCUCUGCCGCUAGUGCCCUGAUCCUGCAGCGGCGGCCGGAGCAGAGUGAGCAGGACCCGGAGGAGCCGGAGCGAAGGGUGCUGCAGGGGGGCUGUGCCGAGCUGGACAUGCAGGAGCUAUGA